CGAUUUCUUCACAAAAAUACAUCGUGAAUGUGGCGUGUGUUGUUUGUAAUAUUGUGAGUCGUAAAUAAAAUGGACUGGAUGUGUUACUAAUAUUUCUUAUAAGUGUCCUUUAUGUGUGUAAAAACAUUAAUCUAACACGAACCUUUAUACAAAUAUCAAGAAAGUGACGAUAAAACUUGGUUUUGUUUAGUAUUUUGUCAUAUGUUGCACGCCUGCCUUGGGGUCUGGAAGAGGACAAAAAAUUUAUCACUAAUUCCGAUGCUAAAUUGAUAAUGCAAAAUAGAUACGGCCAGUCUUCCGGCACGUUAUUGCGCUUUUUCGUGACAAUGCGGUGCCUUAUGAAUGAAUCUAUUUUCUAAACUCGCGAUCUUCAUUCUUCAUAAUGGUUGUUAGAGCUGAAACUGAAUAAUAACAUAAUGAGUCACAAUCUGGCUGGAAUGCCGUCAUACAGGCUGCCAGGACCUGGACUGGGGCCUCCUGACUUCAAACCUCCAAUGGAUACUCCAACGCCGCCAGCUCCUGCGCCGAGUAACCCUAAAAAGCGAAGAAAAACAUCAAAUGCAAACAAUGCAUUGACACCACAGCCACCACCUACUGCACAAGACUUGCUGCCUCCUCCUCUUACUGGUUAUGGGGAUACAAUAGUCGCUUCCAACCCUUUUGAUGAUUCCCCAUCUACAGUUUCACACAAUGGUCCUAUGAUGAGCCACAAUGGGCCCAUGAUGAGUCAAAAUGGACCAAUGGGUAUGGUCGGCCCUAUGCACAAUAUGGGAGGACCACCAAUGAGACACAUGAGUCCCCUGCCACAUAAUAUGAGUCCUAUGAAUCAACAAAUGCCACCUAGAGGAGGAAUAAGUCCAAUGGGAAAUAUGAGUCCAAUGGGUCAUAUGGGUGGUAUGUCUCCAAUGGGAGGACCUAAUAUGGGUAUGAGUAAUCAUAACAUGGGGCCUGGAAUGGGACCCACAUCAAGAUCAAUGGGCAGUCCAAUGAGCCCUAUGAAUUCUAUGCCAAUGGGAUCACCUAUGUCUUCUGGCCCUAUGGGCAGUCCUAUGAAUAUGGGUUCAAUGGCUGGUAGCCAUAUGAGUAAUAGUCCAAUGGGGCCACCAAUGCAUAGUCCACUUGGGGCUGGAUCAAUGAAUGGUCCCAUGAAUGGGCCAAUGGGUGCUGGAGGUCCAGGGAUGAAUGUUCCUCGAAUGAAUGGGCCUAUGGGGCCGAGCUGUUCAAAUGGAUCUAUGGGUCCUACUAGUUCUAUUAUGUCUUCAAACCCAAUGCAAAGCGGUGGAAUGGGUCCUGGUCACUGUGGGCCAAUGAGACAUGGCAGUCCUAUGGGAUCAGCUAUGGGAAGUGGACCUAUGGGUGGCAAUGGACCCAUGACAUCUAUGGGCCCCGGCCCUCCAUAUGCAGGCGGUCAUAUGGGUCAUGGUGGUCCCAUGGGGAUGGGAGGAAAUAGUUCAAUGGGAAUGGGUCCUGGUCCAGGAAAUAUGGGUAAUUGUGGACCUUUAGCUGGUAUGAGCGGUAUGGCUAUGGGAGGUCCAGGUGGUCAAGGAGUAGGUCCAAUGGGUCAAGGCAUGGGAAUGUUUGGACCUAAACCAAUGCCUGUGAGUGCUGGUAAAGUUUACCCACCAGAUCAACCUAUGGUUUUCAAUCCUCAAAAUCCAAAUGCACCACCCAUAUAUCCUUGUGGAGUAUGCCACAAAGAGGUGCAUGAUAAUGAUCAAGCAAUCUUAUGUGAAUCUGGAUGUAACUUUUGGUUUCAUAGAGGAUGUACGGGCUUAACGGAACCAGCUUACCAGUUGCUUACAGCAGAAGUGUAUGCAGAGUGGGUGUGUGACAAAUGCCUGCAUUCUAAGAACAUACCACUUGUGAAAUUCAAGCCAUAGCGCUGUGCCGCCCCACCCUCCCCUUUGCUCCUGCCCUCUCACCUGAGUCAUAUCCCCCCCUGAAACUCAUCACAAAUAUUUAUUUAACUUCAUCAAAAUGGACACUUAGUGGAAUCGUAAUAUGAAUGUACUUGGGCAUCAAAUGGUUUGUCAGUAUAGUUUUACUAAGAAAGAUCUCAUGUUGGAUAGUUACAUAAAUUAAGGAAGUAUGUGUAUGGAUUAUGGAAUGUAAACUUUGAGUUGAAAAUUUAUAUCAGUGGCUUUUCAUUAUAUGCCUUUAUAUUUGGAACAAAACAGCAGAUGCAUGGAAAUAAUUAUGAAAUUGCAGACGGUCCUGUUAUGUCUAGUCUGUUAUGAUUGUCAUUUUUAUUUAUUUAUAAUAAUAUAGGAAUAUGAUGGAUGGUUGUAACGAAAUUAGUAUAAAUAUUCAUUGCACAUGUUCCUGCAUUAGGCAUAUCUGUUAAAGCAAUUCAAUGUGAUCCUUCAUUAGAAACAUGUAACCGCACGGUAUAGACACAAAACUCAAAGGUAUAAGCAAUAUGAAGGCUGCCCAAGGAGUUUUACAUGCCUACUGUGUGUCGCUUUAGUCUCUGUGCAUAUUGUAAAUAUCUCUUAGAUUAGGAAUAAACAAAAAAUCACUUUCCGCCUUAUAUAAUGGUGACCUAUUUGUGUACAGUCAAGGUUAAUUUUGAAUGUAGUACACACGGACUUAUGUGAGCCAUUUUUAACAAAUGGCGGACAUUUCGAAGUUUAAAGCCGUGGGAGUGUAAUAUUUUUUGCAAUGCAAUCGUAGUCCGGCACAAAAAAAAAUAACGGCGUUGAUUUUCGCCCUAGUUUUAUGUACUUAUUUUUCGGUGCCCUUAUUUGCAUGUAACAAUACGCGCAUUGUUUUUACGUACAUGUAAAUAUGAUGAAUCCAUACGCUUUGUUAAGGAUAAGAGUGUUAAAUGUGUUUGUCAAUUUUUUAACUUUUGGAGAUUUUUUAAUCAUAAACAUGUAAUAUAAGGUUUGUAAAUAAUUGCGUAGGAUUAAGUGAAUUGAGAUUACAUAUACAACGUCGACAUACUGGCUCCACAUAUUAGCGGUUGUGACUUGAUUUGUGUGGUGUAGCUUUCGGCUAGUUUAAUUUUUUUUUUAUCGAUCAAAACGUCAGACCUCAGGUCUGUCAUAAUCUUUAUUGAGUCAAGAUAAUUUAUAUAUAUAUAGAAAUGAAAAAGUCCGUCAAGUAUGUGACCAUCUCAGAAUAAUAUAAUUCAUAUAUAUAAACUGCUAUAAGUAUAUGAAGUCACUCCCAGUGAAAAUAAAAGAUACUCAAUAACUAAACCUUUUUGAAUAUAUAAGUUUAUAUUUCAUGUACUGUUAUUAUAUUCUGUGGUUCAGUCAGUGACUAUUAACCUGUAUUUCUUUUUGUUCCUAUUCAUACUUAAUGUUGUAUACUAAAGCUUCUGUCAUUCUUUUGUUCUUAGUCACAAAAAUCUGAACGCUUUUGCCACUAUUAUAGACUGCAGUCAUUACAAGAGCAUUAGUAUAAUUCUUAUAUAUGUAUUUAAUAAUUAUGUACUUAUUACAUAAGUGUAAUUGAAUUUUAAAAUCAAACUGGGCAUUAUAUUGAUAUUCAUUAUAAAAAAACAAUUUUGUUCCUUUUCAAGUGACUUCUAUUAUGUAAUAAUAGUUCAAAUUCAUCUUGAAGCAGCAUAAUUUUAUUACUUAUAUUAAUUAAAUAUUAGCGAUUUAUUAUUACUAGAAAAUUACAAAUCAUCAGUGUAGUUCUAACAGAGCGUAAUUUUUUACCAGUUUUCAUGUUCUCAUUUGAUUAGACGGUUAAAGCAGUGUGAAUCACCUGAACUAAUCGAAAAUCUCUACUUUAAAUGAAGUAUUUUAAGACUUAUAUUGAAAGUUAUUGUUAAAAAAAUUAAUGAAACAUAAAUAGACAUAUUAUUUAUUUAUUUUAUGCUUCCCUGUAAAGUAUCAACGUUACUAUAAAUACAAUUUUACUUACGCACUGUUAGAACUUCACUGACGAAAUAUUGGUUCAACGGUGGCGAAAAUUUAAUUCACAAUUUAUAUCAAAGUGACAAUUGUUAAUUGAAUAGAUUUUUUUUUACUUAAUUAACUAUUUAUUCUUUUUAAUUCGUAAUAUAAAAUUAGGGGUGAGUUACAUUAUUGUGUCGAUCAAAGUCGACUGUUUUCAUUUCAUGAGAUUAUUUUCUAUCAACAAAGAUAGAAACUCGGUGGUUUAAUACAAAAAGUCAGGGAUGGUCGUUUGACGAUUAGCCAUAGAUGGGAAUGAAUGCUUGUAAUUACUCUCUAAUUUUAGUUGACCAUAAAUUUUAUAAUAGUAUACUGCAAUUUGCAAUCAAUUUUGUUGGUAACAUAGGCCUUUUAGUAUAAUACUAUCUACUUGGUUUCUAUUAGUCUACUUAAAUUCAAGCCGACCUAUUAGGAAAUCUCAUUGCCUAGCAUCUAUGAUUGGGGACGACAAAACAGAACAUUUUAACCCUGCUUACGCGUGCACUGCUAAAAAAAAACCAUUUGCUGUGGUUCCACAAUUCCAGGGCACGUCCCUUAACAUCCCUAAGAGAUCCUUGGUAUUGAUAUCUCUAGUAACGUACAGUUUCACCACGUAGAAAGGUGAAGCUGGCAAUAAAAAAACUCGGUGUACUUAAUAGAGCGAAGCAAUACUUUACGCCGGAUCAACGACUAAUGUUCUAUAAAUCAAUUCACAAAUCCGGCCGCACGUGCAACAUUGCUGUCACUUAUGGGCGGGAGCACCUAUAUACCAGCUUAAACGAAUUGUCGAUGGUCCCAGGCUUCGAAGCGGUAUCGUACCCUUAAGUCUUAAGGGAGAUUUUGAAAUUAUUUAAUAUAAUCCCAACGUCCGCUUUCUACCAUCGUACAGCUUGCCAUUGACAGGGGGUUUGCCCCCAUAUUUUAAAACCUGGAUGGUCGCGUACAUCGCGAUUUUUAAAAUGUUUAUUUCUCUCACCAACGUGUUUGUGAUCCAUAACUUUAUAGAAUGAGCUCCAUGUCGAGGUUUUUCCAAAAUACUACAGCAUGGGGUUCUUCAAUAAAGAGGUAAAGAGGUUUUUUUAUAUUCGUCAACAUGCGUAAUGCCCCUGGUAAAUCUUAAACUUUUGAGGCCAUUCAAACAAGUACGCUCUAUAUUAUAUUUUUUAUUUUAAAAGUAAAAAAUAAUCAAUUUUUCCUACUUCUGAAAUUCAAAUUUACUAUAUAAUGCUAUUUUAACAUUAAAUAUAAUAUGCUAUAGUUUGCAUAUAUAGUUACUUUGAAAGUACAAACUGUAAUCAUAUUGGCAAACAUGUACAUAAUUUUUUCAUGUGAGGUACGCAGUAACAGUUUUACAUAUUACUCUGUCUACUUCGAAGGUUUCAUUUUUUACAGUUGUAAUCGUUUGUCGCGAACUCAAAUAUAUAGUUCAAGCUUUGCUUAUUUUUGGACUAGAGGGCGCUAUGCAAUAUAUCCCAUUUUAUUUAUUUAAAAAUUUCUAACUGUAUGUUAAAAAUUGAUUAAAUAAAUGUGCACCAUUGGACCGAUAACUGUCUUAACAAUUAUGAAUAUAAUUUGACAUUUUAUUUAUUAUAUGAUUUAGGCACAUUAAUUAUUACGCAAAAAAUUAAAAACAAGUAUCAACUGGUUAAAAUAACAAAACAAUUUUAUCGGUAUUUCUGUUUCACUGCCAUUCAUUAGGUAUGAAAUAAGCUAUUUAUCUAAUUAACUAAGUAUAAAAAUUCCUUCGCAAUAGAAACACUUUGUAAAUCUUAACACUUUGUUGUAAAAGGUCAUUUUCUAAAUUAAAACAUUUUCCAUGAUUUAAUAUACUUACCAGAUGAAUCGUCUUUCUUCUUUUCUUUAUAUCGUAUUAUUAUAUCUUUAUACUCGUAACUUAUACUUUUCCUUCAUUUCUAUGAAAUACCUAUAAUUUAGACAAUCCAUUAAUGAUUUAGCAUUAUAUGAGUGAGAAAAAAAUUUUCAAGCAAUCUGUUUCAAUUUGUACUGUCAUGAUUUUUUUUUAUUUAUUAAUAAAUAAUAAGAAGAAUCUUAAUUAUGAAUAUAGAAGCAAGCUAGUAUAAUGCGAUUUAUAAGGGCUUUCACAAGCGAGGGAUUUUUGUUGACAUUCUGCGGGGGAUAAAAAUUUCCAUAUUCGUAAGGGACUUGUACCUAUAGCUGAUGCGUUAUGCAACACAAUUCCUGCAUAUUCUGUUUUGAUCGACAGGGAAAAAUAAUACGUAUAUGUUAGUCCAUCGUUUGCGCGGGCCCUAUUUGUACAUGUAAUAUACUAGUUCUUGAAACAUUAAUUUGAAUUUUUAACUUUAUAGAAUCGACGGAUAAAAAUGAAAUGCCUAUUAGUUUUGUUUUUUUUUUUUUUUUGUAAAUAUAAUGUUAUAACUAUUUACGAAUAUUUGCCGGUUGUACAGUUACUUAUAAACUUAGUAUUUUAUCUAGAAUAUUCGGCCACGAAUGUAAUAUUAAUUUAAUGCCGCAAGAACAUCACAACGGGUUCAUGGAGACUGCUGCUAUUGUAUAUUGAUUUUCAUCUGUAAAUGUUACUUAUGUGUUACAUACAUUGUAUCUGCGACACAACUGUUGUGAAUGAUAACAAGUUGUAUUUAAGAAUAUUUUAUGAAGUCUAAUAGAACGACAUCAGUGGUCUUAUAAUUGUGCAUAGUUUAUUUUGUAUUAUGUGAAUAAUAACAAGCAAUAAUAAAAUUGUUAUUGAGAAA